GCAUUGUUCAUUCACCGCGGGUGGCGGGCGCGCUCGCGUCCUGAGUUAGCGUUUCAGCCGGCGGUGGCGCUCUUGCGCGCCUGCCGGGAGCGGCCUUAGGUGUUCUGUCUCCCUCGCUCUCACUUUUCGGGGCUGCGGAGCCGUGGGGAAGACGCCCUGAGAGCCCGGAGCGCGGCCGCGAGAUGGGUUCCAAGCACUGACCAUCACCGAGUGUCCCCCAUGUGGUUUGCUUGCUCGUUGUCAUUUUCCAUGAGAACAUGAGCUCAGGAGUCCUAGGAAUUGAGUCUGGGCCUCUGACUAUCGGCCUCCGCCAUCCUCCCACACACUUUGGUGAAGAUGUGCCUUGUUGAACUAGAACAUGUGGGAUGUUUCAGGACUCAGUGGUCUUUGCGGAUGUGGCUGUGAACUUCACCCGGGAAGAGUGGGCUUUAAUGGAUGGUGCUCAGAGGAAUCUCUACAGAGACGUGAUGCUGGAGACCUGCCGGAACCUGGCCUCAGUGGAUUGUUUCACUGAAAUUAAAACCAGUGCAUCAUGUCCUCAGCAAGAUAAUUUGGAGAAGAAAAUAUCCAGUGAACAGAAAAUAGUAAGGUUCACAAGGAAUGAUUUCUGCUCUGUUUUUAGAGAAAACUGGACAGUUUAUAACAUUGCAGAUCAGCACCAAACCCAAGAGAGCAAUUUGAGAAGUCAUUGUGUGGAGAGUCCCUGGGAAGGUCAUGGAGGUGAUCAGUGUGGACACACCCUGAACCAGGUUACAGAGCUGCCUGUGCCUGAGCGACAUCCCACUUGUGUUCAACCCCGUGACUGCACUAUGUGUGGAAAAGACUGCACGGAUUUUUGUUUCCUGAAGAAUCAGCUGAAAUCUAUCUCUGGACACAGCCCUCAUGUGGGUGAGGAAUGUGGGCGAGCCUGCAGGUGUGUCUCGUGCCUAACCUGUCAUGUGGGAACAGAUCUUGUGGGGACACACUGGACAUGUCAGGAUCCUGGGACAGCGCCUAAGCGACACGUGAGGAGUCUCAGUAGUAAAAAAUCUUUUGAGUGUAAAAAAUGUGGUAAAACUUUCACUUGCCCUGCAUCCUUUCAGGAACAUCUGAGAGGUCACUGUGGACAGAAAAUCCAUGCAUGCAGAGUGUGUGGGAAAGCCUUUAUGUAUUACCUUCACCUUACAGGACAUGCGAGAACUCACAGUGGAGAGAAAUCCUAUGAAUGUAAGGCAUGUGGCAAAGCUUUUGGUAGUCCAAAGUACUUUAGAAGACACCUGAGAACGCACAGUGGAGAGAAACCCUAUGUGUGUAAAGAGUGUGGGAAAGCCUACGGGUAUCUCACAAACCUGCAAGAUCAUACAAGAACACACAGUGGGGAGAGACCCUAUGAGUGUCAGCACUGUGGGAAAGCAUUUAAGUAUGCUGCAUCCCUGCGAGUACAUGUGAGGACACACACUGGGGAGAGGCCCUAUGAAUGUCAGCAAUGUGGCAAAGGCUUCAGUAGUCACUCUUACCUUCAGAAACAUGUGAGUACACACAGUGGGGAGAAAUCCUAUGAAUGUAAAGAGUGUGGGAAAGCUUUUAGGCAGCUUCAACAUUUUCAAGGUCAUAUGAGAAUACACAGUGGAGUCAAACCCUAUGAAUGUAAAGAGUGUGGGAAAGCCUACAGUUUUCUCUCAUCCCUUCGAAUACAUGGGAGAACGCACAGUGGGGAGAGACCCUUUGAAUGUCAGCACUGUGGGAAAGCCUUCAGUCGUCUCUGUUCUCUUCGAGGACAUAUGAGAUCACACAGUGGUGUGAAACCCUAUGAAUGUAAGGAGUGUGGAAAAACCUUCAGGUAUCCUGACAACCUGCGAGUACAUGUGAGGACCCACACUGGGGAGAAACCUGACGAAUGUCAGCACUGUGGGAAAGCCUUCAGGUAUCCAACAUCCCUGCGAAAACACAUGAGAAUGCACGGUGAAAGCAAUACCUAUGAAUGUCAGCAGUGUGGGAAAGCCUUCAAGUAUCUCGAAUCCCUGCGAGCACAUAUGAGGACACACGAAGGACAGAAACCCUGAAUAUAAGGACUGUGGGAAGCCUUCAUUUUUCCUUAAAAUGUUAUUGUAAAUGUGUGCAGACACACUGGAAAGAAACUGUAUGGAUGGAAAGAAUGUGAAAAACCAUCAUAUGUAACACUUUACUUAUUUUGUACAUGGAAACUCAGAGCAGGACUGAAAUCUACUUAUUAUAAAUAUGGUUUUGCCUUUUAAAUAGCUCAUUCUUAAUACCGAUUUCCAGUGUAUUAAUUUCUGGUACAUGUUGCUGAUAUGAAAACUUAGGAUAAUAUUUCUUUAUGUCGUUUUAUCUGGACUAUAUAUAUUUUAUUAUCAUGGACUUCAAAAGUACAGUUGUAUAAAACUUGUCUCAUUUUCAUUACAAUGUCUUUUGGACCCAGGGGUAAUAAGUGGUUUUUGUUUUCUUUCAUGUGAAGCUUGAUAUAACUUCACAUGAAAAUUUAUUUUUAUUUUUACUUUCCAUCAUGUUCUUACUGUGUGAUCAUGAUAUAAGAUCUAUAUUGAAAUUUCUGUUCUGUUCCACUGCUGCAGAUACUGGAAUUUUCUGACCUGAUAUCUACCCUUACCUUUAGUUUUUAUUAUUGAAAGAUGUGUUUUUCAUAUUUGUUUGUUGCUAGUGGAUUAUACAUCUGUGAUCCUCAUAGAAGUUAGUAAUUGGGCAACAUCUUCUCUGACUAUGUUCAUAAUUUGACCUCUGCUCAAUGUCCUUGAUUUUAGUUGAGAAAUGGACAUGAUGCAUUGAGUUUACAAAGAGAGACCUCAUGGUAUGACAAAGCUGGUGUUUAGAUGGUUCCAUGAAUUGUGUUAUCUGCAUGGGUGAGGUGGGAAACUAUAUACCCCAGAGACCUUCUGGUUAUCAUUGUGAGUUAAAAGUCAUGAGUAGAGGAAGAUGCAUGAGGUUUGGAAGGGAGAAGUGAAGAUGCCGUGACAAUCAUAUCUGUACUGACAGAAGACAGAGAUGCAUAGUAACACAGUGGGCCUGAGUUACAGCAUAUUCUUCUGACGCCUGGGUCUGUCUGUCUGGAAUGACCCCAACAAAACACACAUUUGAUGUGAGUUCCCUCUUAGGCAGCAGAUUCCACAGACUUUUCCAGGAGCUCCCCAGCAUGGACCCUCUUUGGUUUUCAGGUUCAAAGAAAUCCUCGUAUUUGCCUGUAGCUCUUUGAUAUCCAACAGGCCACUUCUUCAGGCUAUUGAACUUAGUGAUUUUCUGUCAUCCUGUCACCUCCAUCUGCAAUGCCGCCCCUAAUUAUGUGAUUUUUGUAGGAGGCAUCUUGUUCCACUAUUGGUAGAUCUGUUUCCAGCCUCUAUCUGGACACAUUUAAUGCUGCAGCAAAAUGCAGGAGGUCCUUCUCAGGUUGCACUGUUGAGAGGCUGGACUGACCCUACAUUUUUUUUUUCUGGAUACUUUCAUGGUUGAAAUAAGCAUCAGUUAAUACAUUUGGCAGGUUGUGGAAAUUUUCUCUUAUACCUGAAUGCUUUUUAAUGAUAAGCCAAGUAUGUUUAAUUAUGUUCAUUUUUUUUGAGGAUUUUAUUGGGGAUUUGGGGGAGGGAAUCGGGGAAGGGGAACAGACA